AUGUACAAAGCGAGUGCAGUUAAGCGAACGGGAAUCUAUCGCGUGACAGGCAACAUUGCCGAUUUUCAAAUGGAGUUGAAGCUGAGACACAUUAGCGAGUGGCUGCCUGUUCCGAAAUUCGAGUACACGGGUGCCCAGGCGGGGGCGAACCACAAGAGCCACUAUCCAGAUAGCAGUUUUGGCAGUAGCAGGUCUGAUUUCUUCAUAUUCAUGCCAUUCAGUGAUGAGUAUUGUGGCUACACGGCCCACUGCGGCCUCAGCAGCGUCAGUGGGUCUGGCAGCUAUGGAAACGGCUUUUGCAGCUACUACAACUACUACAAUCCGAGCAAUGGCUACCCCACUAGCAGCACUGGGACGCCGACACAGAGCAGCGGCUACGAUGCCAGCAACGAGCAGAGCAGCAAUCUAAUGCGAUGUCCCAUGAGUCCACGGCAUCGUCAACUCAUUAGUAAGCAGAGCAGUUUGCAGAGCAGCUGGCAAAAGGAUGGCGGUGCGGCAGAUGCUGUGGGCGAUUCCUUUUAUGCGCAGAAUCGGGAGCUUUGCAAUGGUGGCACCGCCAACAUGCUGAUCGGCUGGCAACAGAAGCACUUUAGCCGCCAGGAGCUGGCACGCUACAGAGAGGCGAGCAACUGCGUCACGACGCUACAGCGUCGCUACCAUCGCUGGACCCAGGACAUUGUGGAGCUGCAGGAGCGGCAUGAAAUGGCUCAAAAGCGGGCGCGAGAGCAGGUGCGCAUUCGUCGCAAGCCGCGCAAGACAAAGUCCUUGAAGCGGCAGCGGGAACGAGAGCUGGAAAAGACGCGGGUUAGGGGGCAAGAAAUGGAGUCGGAGCGUACAUCGACGCCGCUGCGGUCUCUACGAGCAUCGGCAUCUCCUUUGCUUAUUUCUGCCUCCAGCGAAGGCAUGCAGUUCUCCUCGCUGCCUCUGUCCGAGUUCAGUCUUGUGGAGGAUCCUAACUUUGCACAACGCACCUGCCUCAUACACACGCUCAUCGAUGCCGAUUCAGAUGAGCAGUCGGAGGAGGCGCUUGAGUUGCGUGCCGCUGGCUUUCAAGUAAUGUAUGUGUAUGCAGAUCUGCAGCCAGACACGUUGCUCAUCACCAUCAAAUACUCGCCGACGUUAGGGCUGCUCUUCGUCUAUCCCGACUUCAAUUUCAGCGCCGACGAUAUGGACUACAUUGUGGAGGUCGAGCACGAUUGUCGACAGCUGUACUCGUACGGAUUUCAGAGCGUCAUACCACUAGAGGCGUUCGAUCCGCAGCUGGAGGCGAUGACGCCUCAUGUGAUGCGGCCACUGACUGUGCCACCAACCAGCGCUCAAGCGAAGCGAAAACUCCGUGACCUGCUCAAUGAUCCCACCUCUCUGGACUCGCCGCCCACAGAUGCGACUACUGACGAACUGCUUGGCUACUAUCGAAAUCAACGGCUGCUGGCCGCCGAGUUGCGCACCUUACUCCAAUUCGCCCAGCCGCCGAAACGAACCCGCCGAGUGGUGCUUCUGCUGGAGCUGCACGAGGCCCAACAUUUCGAAUAUGCCAACAUACAUGUGCGCUAUUACAUUCAUCCCCCGCCCUACACCAUCUUGGAGCCGGCCAACCCGGAUGAUCCGUUUCCGCUGCGUGGUGCAACCCAAACGAGUCUGGGCGGUGGCGCCCACAAACCGGCACAUUUUUCCCACUGCUGGCAACUGACGUUGCUCUGCGAGGAGCAGUACGACCCCGAGCAGCUGCUUCACAUUUACUUCGAAGUCAUAUCCGUGGACAGCUGGCAGCGCGAGCGUUGCGAGGGGUACACACACUUCUCCUGCUCCUUGGCAGCACCAUUGCCAGCGGCGGCGCAAGCUGGACAACGGCUGCAAUGCAUCCGUCCAUUGGGCAGCUGGUGGGAUGCAAUCAAUCGCUACUUCAUUGGCGGUCGCAAAGUCUUCGAUUUCGUCGGCUAUUUCAAUGUGCAGCAGCGCCAGUGUAUGGGCGCCUUGCACACUCGCCUGGAUCGGAGGCCGGAGUAUGGCACGCGCAGCACAGGUGUCCUGCUCUUCAGCGUAAAGAAGCUGCAACAACGCAGCAACGUAGAUGGACACUGGUUGCUUGAGCACCGUCGUGACGGCCUUACUUCCCCCAGUGACUUGGGUCUGAGCAGUAAGUCCACGCUGGACGAGGUAUUGGCGGCUUAUGUGGAGGCUCGGGAGCGUGUGGAGACACUUCUGGGCUAUUACAGAUAG